AUGGCGCAAAGCCUCGUUAAGCAGGAGGAAGGCGCAAAGCGCAAAGCCGAUGACCUGCUGAACGGCGACGUCAACGGCCACGAUGCAAAGCGGCAGAAGACCGUCUCUCCUCCUCCAAACCAUGCACCCACCACCAACGGCACCACUUCCGACGCCGAGAAGAAUGCGCCGAAACCUGCCGUGCCCUUCCCUGAAAAGCCUGCUGUGCUCGAGGAGCGAACGGGCGACAUAUCUUUCCAGGUGGUGAACAACGACGGCAAACCACACUCUAUGAUCAUAUUGACGGGCUUAAAAUGCAUUUUCCAGAAGCAGCUUCCCAAGAUGCCCAAGGACUACAUCGCGCGCCUGGUGUACGACCGGACACAUCUUAGCAUUGCGAUUGUCAAGCGUCCGCCUGCUGGGAGCUUCGCGGAGAGCUCCAAUCUACCAGGCGAGGUAGUUGGUGGAAUCACAUACCGACCUUUCCGCGGCCGACAGUUUGCUGAGAUUGUCUUUUGUGCUAUCAGCAGCGAUCAACAAGUGAAGGGGUACGGCGCACAUCUGAUGAGCCACUUGAAGGACUAUGUGAAAGCGACAAGCGAUGUCAUGCACUUCUUGACCUAUGCCGACAACUAUGCUAUCGGAUAUUUCAAGAAGCAGGGGUUCACAAAAGAGAUCACACUCGACAAGCGAAAGUGGAUGGGCUACAUCAAAGACUACGAAGGAGGAACAAUCAUGCAAUGCUCCAUGCUUCCGCGCAUCCGCUACCUGGAGUCUGGCCGCCUGCUCCUCAAACAGAAAGCCGCCGUGCACGCGAAGAUCCGCGCCGUGAGCAAGAGCUACGAGAUCCAUCAACCCCCCUCCGCCUGGCGCAAAUCCAAGCUCGGCCAGCCCUUACCCGAGAUUGAUCCCCUCGAAAUCCCCGCCAUCCGCGCGACAGGCUGGAGCAAAGCCAUGGACGAAAUCGCUCGCCAACCCCGCCGCAAUCCCUCCCACCCCCUGCUCCUCCAACUCCUAUCCGCCCUCCAAAACUGCUCCGCUAGCUGGCCAUUCGUGGCUCCCGUCAACGGCGACGAAGUCCACGACUACUACGAAGUCAUCAAGGAGCCCAUGGACCUCUCUACCAUGGAAGGCAAGCUGGAAAAAGACCAGUACGAAAACGUGGAGGACUUCGUCAAGGAUGUGUUGUUGAUGGUGCGGAAUUGCAAGAGGUAUAACGCCGAGACGACGCCGUAUGCGAAGGCGGCAAAUAAGAUGGAGAAGGAGCUGUGGAAGAAGGUGAGGGAGGUGCCGGAGUGGAGUUAUUUGGAGGCGGAGAACUUUGAGACGACGAAUCGGAAGGAGGGGGAUUAG